CGUCUUUCUGGUGAAGUCAGAAAGGGAGGGGAAGGACAGAGAAAGAGAAAAAGGAAGCUCUCCGAUUAGUAUUUUUGUGUAUAUUUCCAUAAAGUUACAAAAAACUUUGAUAAACUGAAGGUGGGAUCGGAUGCCUGGGCGCCAACACCGUGCUAAGGAGAGAGAUCUGAAGGUGGAGGGAAGGCGAAAGUUUGACAGCAGACGUGCACAGCUGAUGACAGCAUAAAAUAUUUAACUUUUCAAGGCCCUGGGCCUCGACUGACCACAGAAAGAUCCUGGGCAGAGGAGGAAAUAAGACAAAGAAAAAGAUGUCUUCUGACUUGAACUCCAGUCUCACCAGCAUUGACUGGCUGCCCAAUCUAGGAAUCAGCAGCCUGCGUUCUGGGAAAGAGAGAGGAGGGGAGAAAAAAAGAGACAAAGGGAAGGAGAGGGGGGACUUUGUACCGUCAGUGCCGAGCCCCUCUCCAUCAAGCUGUAAAGGAAAACCCCCCCACAGCUACGCCACCCUCAUAGCCAUGGCGAUAGCAGCUGCACCAGAGAGGAAGCUGAGCUUAAAUGACAUCUACACCUGGAUAAGCAACACUUUCCCUUACUACAGCAGGGCAGGCCGAGGAUGGAAGAACUCCAUCAGACACAAUCUGUCCCUGAACAAAUGCUUCAGGAAAGUUCCUCGGCCACAGAACGACCCUGGCAAGGGCUCCUAUUGGACAAUGGAUGGACCUCCAGAAUCUAUGAGUCCCACUAGAGCACCAAAGCGCCCCUACCCUGAGGAUGAGGAGGAAGAGGAGCUUAAGCAUGUUCCUCCACCUGUAAAGACAGCGAUGGUGAGCGGACCCUCUCCCUGCCACCAGCCUGCUUCCCAUCAGGACUUGCAGUUUAAUACCUCUCCGGUAGGACCAAUCCAGCAGCCCCCAUCACCUCCCCCACACAAGCAACCGUCACCCUACAUGUCAGCCCAUGUCUCUGUUCUCCCUGCCUCUCAUCUAUCUGUCUCCCAAUCAGCUGAGCUCCCGCCAGCGGCCCCCAUGUCAUCCAUCAACUCUUUUCCUCCUCCCCACCCACCUAGCUCCACCUUUUCCCUUCCUGCAGCUGCUACAGCUCCUCCCUCCUAUUCCAGCACUGCCAUGUCCUUUCCUGCCAGCUCAAAUCCUCUACCUGUUUCCACUUUUUCCUGCACUUCCAACUCGACAAACGUUUCCACAUUGUCUGGUCCCAGCUCCUCCUGCACAACUGUUGCCCCCCCUACCGCUGCUUCAGGGCACUCCACUGAUCCUCAUCUGCGCUUCUCCUUUGAGGAUUUGAACAUACCAGAUCUGUAUGCUUCAUUUAAGUCCCUCUUCAAGACGAUGCGCGAGAGGGGAGGCUCCAUCUCGGACGGUGCUCUUCCUCUUGGUCCAAGUAAUGACACUACACCUCUACACACUCCAACGCUGCCACCGUUCUCCCCUCACCCCCCAUCUGCACUGUCUGCACCACCUGCAGCAGGUCCACGACCUGUUGCUGCUCAACCACCUGUUGCAGGUGCACCGCCUGUCGCAGGUCCACCAACUGUAGCAGGUGCAGCAGCUGUGCAAGCUCCACACCCUGCAGAGUCAGAGCGCAUUUCACAACUCACGGUGCCGGCCGAUUGGUUCAGUAACCCAGAUUCACUGAAGGAGAGCUUCCGCAUUGCCACCAAUCUAGACUGGGCAAACAUAGACCUCUCUAGUCACCCAGACCUGCUGGAAAGCAUGAAGCAGGCCGAGCUCUGCGACUGGGCCCUCGAUCCAGGGCUCUUCACGUCCCUCUGCGAUUCUCUGAACCGAUUUUUUUCCCAGAAAGGCAUGAUUAGCCCUGGACAGAACUCUCCAGUUACCCUCGGAGCACCUCAUUCCCUCCAGCCAUCGCCGCUGACAUCCAACCCACCCCCCACCCUCACCAGCCUCACUCACCCCUCUCCCCUUCCCUACCCUACCGCUCUCCCUCCCACCAAUGGAACACAGCUGCCCCGGAGGCCCCCACCUAUGCAGGGAACCGGCCAACAGAGGCCACAUCUGACGAACCCUGCAAAUGCAGCUGGGAUCCAGCCUCAGCCUGCAACGCCACGGCAGCGUCCUCCGCUGAAGAAUCUGCACAGCAACAGUGAGGAGUUCCAGGACGACUUCGACUGGGAUUCCCUCAUACUUUGAGACCCGCUUCCUUGUUCGGAGCACACAAAAAAAAAAAAUCUAAUAUUUCAGAGAAAACUUCACUUCCUGUUUCUCUGACAGCGUGUCUGGGAUCAGGUUCCUCACUAAUGACUGAAUCUUAAGAGUUUGAUGCCUAUCUUUUUAAAUCUUAAGGCUGUAAUAUUCGUUCUAUAUCGUAUCAUUGUUGGUAACUG